AUGAGAGCCUUAGCAGUAGGAGAUAGCUCAGUGCAGGUGGCAAUGGCUGGUAUUUCUGAGGCACAAGAUCGUAAAGUCCUGGAACUAGGACAGCACCAACUGUACCAGGGUUUAGAAUCCACAUGGACAGAGACACAAAACAGAACGAAAAUCGUCAAAGGGGCCAUGAGAGCUAAAGGAGUGUAUCCACACUCAGAAAAGCUACUUGGGAGUUGCCCUAGCUCUGAGGCUAAAUAUGUAGAGCUCUCCCUGCAAGGAUCCUUCGAGAACCUGGCCAUGGAGCAGGGAAGAGAGACCCUCUACUGUGACGAGAAGACAUUUACCAGUGUAUAUCAAAUGAUGACCACACUGGGACGAGGAACCUUUGCCACAGUCAAACUGGCCUUCCAUAUGCCCACUGUCAGCUACGUGGCUGUGAAGAUUCUUGCAAACGUGAAGGGGUACUCCACCCACAACAACGAGGUUGAUAUAAUGAGAUCCCUCGUUCAUCCGCAUAUAAUCAAGUUCCUUCAGGAGGUCCAGACAGAGGAUAUGACAUAUCUCAUAAUGGAUUACGCCUCUAAGGGGGACCUGUUGCAUCAGAUUCGCAAGCCGGGAGGCUUACGGGAGUGCGAGGCUCGAAAACUCUUUACUCAGGUACUGCAGGCAGUGAAGUACUGCCACGACAACUGGAUCGUCCACAGGGACAUUAAGGCAAAUAACAUCUUGAUCGACGCCUCUGGGAAUGCCAAGCUCUGUGAUUUUGGCCUUGCGGUGAAAGUCGUCCCUGGCACAAAACUAAAGAAUCCCUGCGGCACUCUGGCCUACUGUGCCCCGGAACUCUUCGGAGGGGAGCCCUAUGAUGGCUAUGCCAGCGAUGUUUGGAACUUAGGCGUACUCCUCUACUAUAUGGUGGCCAGGCACGUGCCGUUCCAAGCGAGCUCUUCUGCGGGAUUGAGGCGCCAAAUUUUGGCGGCAAACUUCAGCGUUCCUCCUCAUGUCCCACUUGAUAUUUUCAACGUAAUUGUGGAAAUCCUCAUGAUCAACCCCGACAGGAGGCCCACCAUCAGCCAAAUCCUGACGCGCCCCAUGAUCGUGGACAGCCAGGCACGGGCAUCCAUCCAGAGUCUCCCAGGCACCCCGAGCCCUAGCAUUGUCAGCACCAUGGCAGGGGUGGGGUACCAACCUGAAGGAGUGAUUGAGUGUCUAGAAGCCCAAAAAUUUAAUCAGGCGAUGGCCAGAUACCUGAGUCUGCAACACCAGGCACCCGUGGGAGAUUGCUGCCAUCACCGGGUGAAAACCACAAAACGCAUGGAUCCAGGCCUUGUCCUCAACCUGGCCAAUCUUCACACCUUUUCUGGUACUCUUGGGAGAGCUGCUGAGCCUACUCUGCCUACCGUCAUCGUGCCAUCUGAGCCCCAGAAGAAAGAAGAUAAGAAUUCCAGGCAGGGUGGCAGAAGGCAUAGCGUGCCUGCCACCCUGUGCUGCACGCCUAGGAGGAUCCACCUUGCCCACCUAUCCCACCUGCGCUGUCCUGUGGCUGAUUCCAUCAUGAACAGCAUCCUGGAGACCAGCAAGAGUUUUUCGCAGUCGAACAUCGGGUUGUGUGGCAGCCUGACAGCUAGUGCCCAGCCAUCCUGCUCUCUGUACCACCCUCUUGAGGCAGACCACAAUGAGGCUGCAAAUGAUGCAGAGAAACUCUGGAGCUCGCUGGGGAUGGCUCUGAAGAGACCAUCACAGAACUGA